AUGAAGUUGAAUCAACAUUCAAACAUAUGUAGAAAAUUGGAGAUUACAGAAAAUCAAUGGUGUUUAAUAGAAACUUUGAUAUGUUUACUGAAACCAUUUUACGUUCUUACAACAGUUCUUUGUAAAGAAAAUCAUUCUCCCGUGUCUAUGGUGAGACCUUUGCUUUACAAAGUUAUAGAAAAUCAUUUAAAAUCACGAGAUGACGACAAUAUAAUUAUUAAAGACUUCAGAAAAACGGUUGUAAAUGAAUUAACAAAGCGGUUUAAUCUUCAAUUUGAAAUUACUAAUAUAAUUUCUGUAAGUCAUAUUUCAAGUUUUUUAGAUCCUAGGUAUAAGGAUCUGGAACAUGAACCGAUUCAUGUUAGAGAAGAAAUUCGUAAUCAUGUUAAAAAUGUAUUGAAUAAUAUUGUAGUUCAUCAGCAACAGCCGCAACAACAUACAUCGAUCGGUAAUAGCGAUCUCAAAUUUUUAUAUUGUCAUGAUAGUCUUCCUGAGAAUGAAAUAUCUGAUCAGUUUCAAGGCUUCCUAGCAGAAACUCAGUUAAGAUUUGACUUUGAUCCAUUCGAGUGGUGGAAAACACGGGAACAUAAAUAUCCAGUUAUAGCGAAGUUGGCAUUAAAAUAUCUGACAAUACCGGCAACAUCAGUCAGUUCGGAACGAUGUUUUUCUACAGCAGGUAAUAUAGUUACGUCAAAAAGAAGCUGUUUGCUGUCGGAAAAUGUUAAUAUGUUGAUUUUUCUUUAUCAAAAUAGAAAACUAUUAGAAUGA